CUGAUCUCCACUUAGCUUGUAAAUGCGCAUCACCCUCUUUCUCACUCAUAUAUUCUCUCUCUCUCUCUGACACACACACACACACACACGCUCCUGGAUUUGCAGCAGACAGACAUCUAGGGCACUUCUUGGCAUCCACAGGAAAAUCAUAUGGGAUUAAAAAACCACAGCAGAAUUGCUGAAAGCUGCCUCUCAAGGAUUACAACUUUGCCUUUUGCUUUUACGGAUGCUUGUUUACUAUCCAUGUGGUAACCGCUGGACAGCCAGUAAUCCAUUCAUUAUCCACACUGAUUGAGUGCAGGAGUAGUGCAGUGGUAACUACUUCACUCAGCUGACGGCAGACGACAAAAGGAGGGAAAUGAUGAAUUCGGACAAUUUAACUUCCCAAAGCUUCCUCUCUGCAAUUCACAGCAAUGCGAGCAAUUUAUUCUCAGGGCUCCAGUUUGUUCAGACCUUCAAGCCACUCAUCAUCCCCUGCUACUCACUAGUGGUUUUUAUUGGUGUCAUUGGGAAUUACCUUCUCAUUUAUGUUAUCUGUAAGACAAAAAAAAUGCACAAUGUCACCAACUUUCUGGUAGGCAAUCUGGCUUUCUCAGAUAUGCUCAUGUGUGCAACCUGUGUUCCCCUGACACUCGCGUAUGCCUUCGAGCCCAGAGGAUGGGUGUACGGGCGUUUCAUGUGCUACUUUGUUUUCCUGAUGCAACCCGUCACUGUGUUUGUGUCCGUCUUUACCUUGACCGUCAUAGCUGUGGACAGGUAUUAUGCCAUGGUGUACCCAUUCCGCAGGAGGCUCACCAUCCCUAUUUGUGCUUAUAUCCUGGCUGCUAUUUGGCUGCUGAGCUGUACCUUGGCUGCCCCAGCCUUGGUCCACACUUACCACGCAGAGUUCCCAGAGCUGGACUUCUCCAUUUGCGAGGAGUUUUGGUUCCACAUGAAAAGAGAUCGCUUAGCUUAUGCCUACAGCACUCUCAUCAUCACCUACGUGCUGCCUUUGGCUGUCAUCUCCCUGUCCUACCUGAGAAUCUCGGUCAAGCUGAAAAACCGUGUGGUCCCAGGCAACGUCACCCAGGGCCAAGCUGAGUGGGACCGAGCAAGGAGGAGGAAGACUUUUCGCUUGCUAGUCUUAGUGGUGGCAGCCUUUGGAGUCUGUUGGCUGCCUCUGCACAUCUUCAACAUGAUAAAGGACAUAGACAUCAGCUUGAUUGACAAGCAGUACUUCAACUUCAUCCAGCUGCUCUGCCACUGGUUCGCAAUGAUGUCUGCUUGUACCAAUGCCUUCCUCUACGCCUGGCUCCAUGACAGCUUCAGGGGGGAGCUGAAGAAAAUGUUUGCUUGGAGGAAGAAAAAAAUUGGACCCACUACAAACUGCAUUAUGGCCAGUGUGGUGCUGUAAACGAGAGCUGGUGGGAGUGCACCUCCUUUGUAUGGUAACGCUGGAACAUACAAAAGGAGAUGAUGGCUUUAAUCCCUACAUCUACAUUUCCUACGAUUUCUACAUUUCCAUUAGGCGCUGGAGAUGUUUCAGCAGCAGCUAGCGGGACUGCAAAGAGAAGCUUGCUGCUUUCCAGCAUAGCGAUGAGAUCUGCCUCCCCUGCUGAGCACAGUUCUUGGUUUCCAGAUAACAUACUGGAAGGGCAGUCUGCGGCUCACGGCAGCAGGAGGGGUUUUAGCACCGUGGUCUGUGAGAGCCUGGUGAUGUGUGGGGUGCUGAGGAUCGCUCCUACGUGGCUUGGGAUCCCCCCAGCGACAUCACCAACAAAGUGAUGGGCUCAGCUGAAGGCAGCUGGUGCUCCCGUGAGGCCGGGCAGCACGAGGUGUCGUGGGUCUUGUCUACGGUUUCUCAGUCACAGGGAGUUGCGUUCAGUUACCCCAUCACACCCACGACGAGCCAGGCCAACGCUCUAGUGAAAAGGUGGCAGCCGAACAACACGGUAGCUGUGACGCGCUGUCACAGGUUGCCAUCGGUCACGGCUCAGGUUUGUGUGACCAGCUGCGUUUGGGAGCGGGAAGGUGAAGCAAUGGACUGUAUUGUAAACCAAGCCUGUCUUGGGCUUGUGGAGGCAGGGCAAGAAAGGAAAAAAAGAAAAAAGAAGAAUAUUUUUGGACUUCAAGCAAAAAAUAACUAUCCAAAGGCUAAAUCUAUAGCUGCUCAGAGGCUGUGUUUCUGUAUGAAAGUAGGAGUUACUCAAGUCUUCUUGUGAGUGUGGUCCCUCACUUGCAACAUGCCAGUUCAGUGUAGUGGCUUUAUUGCAUCUUUAUUGCAUUUUCCUCCCAUCCCUCAGCCGUACGGUGAGCUUGAACGUGGGUGAGCCAGGUGUAUGCAUGAACCAUUAGUGUGAGGUCCACGUAUGCAGAGCCAUUAGUGUAUGGUCCAGAGAUGGGUGGGUUGAGGGUGGAUGCACUUGUGAAAGGGUUUUUUUUAUAAAAAUAAUUGAAAAGUUGGGGAUGGGGUUCUGAGGCAAGUGUUCAACCAACCCACUCCUCAGCAACUGGAUCCAGCUCUAGAGGAAGUAAGGUGAAAAUAAUCCAAAUAUCAUGUGCAAGAGCUAGCUAUGAGCUACAUCACCAAUUAGAAAUUAUUUUCUGAGUCACUAUAUACAAAGUAUUUCAAAUUAAGAAGACUCGAAUCAUUAAGAAGACAAAACCUUCAACACUCAGCUUUGAAAUGAUUUCCUCUCAGUUACUGGAUCCUUUUAAAAUUCAACAUCUGUUGUUAAUAUUAAUAACUUAAAAAAAUUAAAAAUAAAUUUCAAACCAUCUGAAGCACUAGACACAGCAUAUGGUAGACCUGUUUAAUCUUAACAAGUCAAUAAUAUUAUCAU